AUGCAGGGUACUACAGAAAGGAAUCAAACUGCUGUCUCCCAGUUCCUCCUCCUGGGCCUGCCCAUCCCCAUGGAGCACCAUCUUCUGUUCUAUGCCCUGUUCCUGGCCAUGUACCUCACCACUGUUCUAGGGAACCUUCUUAUCAUCAGCAUUAUUCACCUGGACUCCCAUCUCCACACACCCAUGUAUUCUUUUCUCAGCAACUUGUCCUUCUCUGAUCUCUGCUUUUCCUCUGUCACGAUGCCCAAGUUGCUGCAGAGCAUGCAGAGCCAAGUUCCAUCCAUCCCCUAUGCAGGCUGCCUGGCACAAAUGUACUUUUUCCUGUUUUUUGCAGACCUUGAAAGCUUCCUGCUUGUGGCCAUGGCCUAUGACCGCUAUGUGGCCAUCUGCUUCCCCCUUCAUUACAUGAGCAUCAUGAGCCCCAAGCUCUGUGUGAGUCUGGUGGUGCUGUCCUGGGUGCUGACCACCUUCCAUGCCAUGCUGCACACCUUGCUCAUGGCCAGAUUGUCAUUCUGUGAGGAUAAUGUGAUCCCCCACUUUUUCUGUGAUAUGUCUGCUCUGCUGAAGCUGUCCUGCUCUGACACCCAUGUUAAUGAGUUGGUGAUAUUUGUCAUGGGAGGCAUCAUCCUUGUCAUUCCAUUUGUGCUCAUCAUUGUGUCCUAUGUCCGAAUUGUCUCCUCCAUUCUCAAGGUCCCAUCUGCUCGAGGCAUCCGUAAAGCCUUCUCCACCUGUGGCUCCCACCUGUCUGUGGUGUCACUGUUCUAUGGGACAGUCAUUGGUCUGUACUUAUGUCCAUCAGCUAAUAACUCUACUGUGAAGGAGACUGUCAUGGCUAUGAUGUACACGGUGGUGACUCCCAUGCUGAAUCCCUUCAUCUACAGCCUGAGGAACAGAGACAUAAAGGGGGCCCUAAUUAGAGUUCUUUGCAAGAAGAAAAUUCUUUUCUGCCUAUGA